CGCGAUGCAUCUUGACGUGCAGGACUUGGCGCGCGUGUGUCUCGUUCCACGCGCCAUUCGUUCCGAAGUCGGUUCUGAUCACACAGGCUCUCAUGUGUUCCGACUUCUUUCCCAACGGACAGGACAUUGUCUUGCGCCACGCACCGCGGCGGCCGCAGUGUCCCUUCUGCUGCGCCAGGGUGCCGAUAGCACAAUCUAUCCAUACUGGGCUGCCCCUCCAGGUUCCGCGCUUCUCUUCGGCUCAGAACAAACCGCUUACCUUCGGAUGAUGCAUGAC